AUGCCUCGUGGACCGGCCACAAGCAAGCGACAGCCAGGCGCUGCGAAUAAGCGGGAUACUCGGCAUGAGAGUGGUCUUGUAGGGCCGGGAAAGGAAGUGCAGAGACAGAAGAGCAAUGGUCAUAUCAACGGUCAUGCAAAGUCCCCCGAGAAGAAAGGCAUUUCAACUCCACCAAUGCCUGGAACUCCUCCGCCUUCGAACGGCAGUGCGCGGCGCCCAGUACUCGGCGACAGCAUGGCAGAGCACAAGAUGGUAGCGGACAUGUCGAGGAAGGCCUCCGUCGAUGGAUGUUCAGAUUCGGCGUCUGAUGUGUACCAGAACGCGUCCGGAUCCCCCGCCACCAUCGAGAACCACCGCCAGAUCAACGUCAAUGCUGCCAAAAACCCUGCCGUUCACCAUGAUGCAUUGUCCUUCGCCCUCACUGUCCUAUGGUCCUGCCCGCUCUGGGACACUCUAGCCAUUCUCAUCGUCCUCCUCCAGAUCCCGCCAACUUUUAUCUCAAUCAUACAUCUUCUUUUCGCCACGUUGACCUUCGUACCCCCCUCGACUGCUGCCACUUCCGGAUUGAGCUUCACCGAUAUUCUACAGGGAACGUUGGGCACACCGUCAGUAGGCACGAUCUUCCUCAUCGACGUCAUUGUUCUCAUGGUGUGGCUCUUCUUAUGGGGCCCCCUUCAGGAUAUUGCACUGGACUUAGCACAGACAGUCAUCGCAUUGACUUUAGGGGGCGGAACGAGUGGGAAAGGAGCAGGAACGAAGAACGUGCUGUGGUGCUUUAGUGUUAUCGGGAUUUCGCAUUAUUUCCAGGGGAACACGACCCAGCACUUCGGGCUUAGAGCCCUCAUGGCUUCGAAGGGAUUCCUUGGGUCGCCAGAUCCUGACGAUCCACUGGAGCCGCGCUCGAUUCAUGGAAACAAGAGACAUGGCCUCAUACGAAGCAUUUUAGCGAUACAUAUCCUUACCCAGGGGGUGGUACGUUACAUUCGGGAUUGGUACGUGAGGAGAGAAAAACGAGACAACUCGGUAUCAUUUGGCGAUCCAGAGGCUGGCAAAGCCCUGGACGCCAGUAGCGAUUCAACAAUAGCGACACAGACCCCAGAGAACGAUUCUUCGGCCUCGACAGUGGUGGGGACACCAGCAACCACGCUGAAGAAGAAGAAGAAACAAAGCGCACAAGUUCGCAUACGGCAGCCCCUCUGGGCAGCCUUAGCUAGCACUAAGAUUGUUAUGGUCAAGGAGUACGAAACAUCACAUACAGCAUCUGAGUCUGCAGGCGCAAAUGCGAAAGGCACAAACGAUUUAGGAAAUGCGCCUUUCAAUUCUGAAGCCGAUCGAAUCUGGAUUACCUCCGUGGGGCCUGAUGAGGUAUCUUUCAGCACCAGCUUCUUCCCAGUCCACAAGACAUCAGAGGGCGGGAAGAGCCUAGACCAGUACGGUAUUGACAGAUCGAAACCUUUUUAUGUAAAGGUCAAUCACACAAUCUGGCAGCCUACUCGCAUCAAAUUCAUCUCCGGUACCGAGCAAACACCAGGACGGGGCACCAAAUGGUAUGGAGUGAUAGUAGGGCUCGCCCCAACUUCAAGCUAUCAAUGCGAUUUCUACAGCACCCGAGAUGACUCUGUGAUAUUUUCUGCCAGUGUUCGAACUCUUCAGUCCCCGACUGCCGAUCUGUCAAGUGGUAUCACGCCUGGCUCUCACAUCCAGGGCCGUCCUGGCUCGCCUACAACCACCCUUAGAACUUCCAUUGGGACUCAAAAAGCCAAGCUGGCAGACCAAAAGGGGAUUCUCAAUGCAAGACGCAGAGAACAGCGGAUCAAGCUUGGUUUGCUUAAAAAGGAAAUUGACAAGCUGAACGCUAGUCUCACAAGCACAGGCGGCAGCGACGAUAAGCAGAGGCAGAAAAUCCAGCAGUUCAACCUGAACAUGCGACAGGCAGAAGAAAAGAUCCGGGAACUCGAGUCUGAAAUCGAAAGUUUUCGGGCAGUUCCCACCGACUAUAGUGCUCGUCAUUCCUCUGCAAAAGCCGAAAUACAGUCCCAACGUGACAAGCACAAAUUGGCUCGUUCGGAUUUUGAAUCUGCAAAGCAAGCCGCGGACCGCGAAGUUGAGGACCGUAAGGGCGAUUUGGCAUCUCUUCAGCAGAAAUGCGAUCAUAAGCAGGGCCGACUCAGUUAUCUCCACAGCAAGCACGAAAGUCUGACAGAUGCCAAUGCAAAAGGUCUGGAUGAGGCACAGCGUAAGGAACGUGAGCGCGAGGCCAAGAGGCUGCAACGAAAAGAGCAUUCCGAUUUCUAUGCCUCUCGUGAAGCCGCCAUCUCUAGGCAUAUCUUCGACGGAAAUGAGGCUUUGAAAGCGCUGGGAGAAGCGAUUCAGACUCUUCAACAAAAAGUCGACCAUGCCCAGCUUCAGCGAGGCGCCUUUCAGCCAAACUACAGUCCUGCUAUGAGCUCGCAGAAUCUCGACCACGCUACUUUCGUGCCUGAUGGGGAAAGUGGUGCCAUGAAUGGCGAUGCUUCGCUCUGGAAUCCAACCUCCAACCCUACCUCCUCCGUAUGGGCUUAUCCAACCCAGUCCGCCCCUCCUCCGCCCGCUUACUCGCCCCGUCCGAAUAGGACUCGAGGUCGCAGCUCUAGUAUGUUGAGCAACGUCUCUGGUUUCACGCAGUCAAGCAGCGAAGGACAGACAAACUCGGCGUAUCCUGCAAUGGGUAAAGUGAUUGGGUCGGAUGCAGGGGAUGAGCGCCAGGAUAGCACCUCAAGCGGAUCUGGAAAUGGUAGUGUAGGCGACCCUAGAAGCCCGAAUGUAAGCAAUCCCAGGUGA